UUCUCUGACCUGUACUCACAUUUUAGCCUGUGUUCCUCUGUGGCCAGGAACACUUUCAUUUUAUUUCAGGCUCACUUUCAUUCACUGUCUCACCAUGAACCCAAGGAAGUGUGCCCACUGGGUGGGCCUCUCCCUAAUAUCUCUCUCCCUAGUGUGCAUCGUGGCCAAUGCCCUCCUAUUGGUGCCUGAUGGGAAGACCUGGAGCAGUGACCAACUCAGCUUGCAAGUCCUGCUCAUGCCUGGCUUCAUCGGCGGGGGAUUGAUGGUUCUGUGUCCGGGAAUCACUGUGGUUCUGGCGGCAGGUGGACAUCCCAAAUGGAUUCUGCGUUCCUUCUCCUUCUCGGCCUUGGGAAUGCUUGGUGCCAUCUACUGCCUCUUCAUCUCAGCAGCUGGACUCCGAAUGGGACCCAAGUGCUCCAAGAAUGCCAAGUGGGCCUACCACUUACAAGAAAGCUCAGGGGCUUACUUGAGCAACCGUGAGUACUGGAACUUGUGUGAAAAGCCACCAAAUGUGGUGCCCUGGAAUGUGACGCUCUUCUCGUUGCUGAUGGUUGCCUCAUGCCUGGAGAUCUUGCUGUGUAGCAUACACCUGGUGAACCCUAUAAUUUUACCCUUUGUCUGAAAGCACAUGAAAGUCAAUACAAAAAGAAAAAGGAAACUGGCAAGAUCGAUGUUUUAUUCAGCACCAGAGGGGCACAUCUUCAGGGUAAAAAUGGUGACCCGUCAUCAGGAGGGACUGGGUUUUAUCGGGUUUAGACAAACCGUGUCAUGGGAGGAGUUAGUUUGGGCAGGCCCUUUUGGUGGGCGGGGCCAGGUCAUGGGAGGGGUUUAAGUUGGGGCGGGAGGACAGAUAGGUAAACUUACCCUUCAUUCCAGGCUCUGAAAGGGGAUAAUGAGUUGGGGUGCAAUGUCCUCAUAUCUGGCUACUUCUUGCUGGAAAGGGCGCAGUAGAGGAUCCCAUGUCAGAGUUCUGGAAGAGGAUAAGGAGGUGGGGGGUAUUUUAGGCUCCUAUAUAGUCCUGGUGAUUGUGGCUUGAGGGGGCAAGUAGAAGGAGGGAACUUACACAUAUUUGUGGGUGAUUCCUUCCUCAUGGGACUCAGGAGUGUCACGUUGUGAGUGAAGAAGAAUGACUUCUGCAUGUUCUUGGGAGGUGGUCUCGGUUAGACAAGUCACUUUGUCCAGAAGUUUUAAAAGCAGGGGAAAAGUUUAUUAUAAGAAAAAUGAGUAUUACAGUAGUUAAAAGAGGGAGAAGCCAGGAAGUCCACCGUUUUAGGAACAGUUAGUUCUUGCCUCUAUUGUUCCAAUCUGUCCUGUAUUUAUCUAACUUUAUUCUUUAUCAGUCCUGAAUGAUUGACAUAGAAGCAACACACUUCCAGAGGAAGAAGCAGAGACAAUCUCAUUUGGAAGUAGAGAAAUCUAGGCCCUGAUGAUUCUACAGGAUGAUAGAUGGCAGGAAAUAUAAUUGAUUUUGUAAAUUCAGUACCAAUUCAACGACCUGUUGGAUAUCUUAAAUAACCUGUUCUUACAAUUUUUGUAGUAGUGAAUAAAGGUUUCUAAUCCCGGUG